AAUAAACAGUGGCAUUCCCUGUCCACAACGAGCUUACAGUCAAUAAAGACAAGGACCAAACCUUUAGAAGGCUGAUGGGCAAGAAAUAAUCUAAGGAACUUCACGUUUUCUCCAACAUGAGGGUAUGAAUCUCUACCAUUUCCAAAUAUCUACCGUUUUCUUUUACGUAGGUUGAGGCAAAAGAAUUGCUGCCAUAAUCAGCAUUGCGUUGGUUUUAAGUCAAUCGGACUAACCUUGACCGCAGCUCCUGAGAUACUCCCGGAAGACAUGGCACAAAUGGUUUACAAUUCCACAUGUAGCAUUCGACCGUCGGCAGCCUCAUCGGUCGCUCUGCCCAUCAUCUACUCGAUUCUGUGUAUUAUAGGAAUCCUGGGAAACACACUCUCCCAGUGGGUAUUUUUUUGGAAAAUAGGCAAGAGGACGUCAACCCACAUUUACCUUACACACCUUGUGACGGCCAACUUGCUGGUGUGCAGUGCUAUGCCUUUUAUGUGUUCCUACUUCAGGGAAGGGUCUAAGUGGACCUACCAGUCUCUGCCAUGUAAGGUCGUAAUUUGCUUUGGCACUCUGUCAAUGCACGUGAGCAUGUUCGUCAGCCUCACAAUUUUAACGUGGAUUGCCAUCAGCCGCUACGCUACGUUGAUGAAACAUGAUCCUACGCAGGAGAAGGCCUCCCUCUAUGAAAAGAUUUUCUUUGGCCGGAUCUUGAAAAAAUUUCGCCAACCCGACUUUGCGAAAAAACUCUGCAUUUAUAUAUGGGUGAUUGUCCUGGGUGUAAUUGCUCCGAUUAUUAUUUAUUACUCAAUUGUAGAAGCUAACGUUUUAAACAAGACCCCCGAGGUAGAGAAGUGCUACAAUCAGAAGACAGAAUUUGGGGAACAGAUUUCUCAAAUUGCAAGUCAUGUUGGUACUGCAUUUGUGGGGUUUUCCCUUCUAGUAGUUGUGUUGUCAUACUCCUCUUUCGUCAGUUAUCUAAGAAAGAUAAGGACACGCACAGCUAUCAUGGAGAGGUGUCGGAUUUACAGUUCGGUGAAAAGGCAUAUUUUGGUUAUCCAGAUUCUACUGAUAGUUUGCUUUCUCCCUCAUGGUAUAUUUAAGCCAAUUUUUUAUGCCUUACAUAAAAAGGACUGCCAGGAGUUGACCUAUUUAGUGGAAAUAAAAAAUUUCUUCACUUGCCUGGCUGCUGCUAGAAGUAGUACAGAUCCUUUCAUAUUCCUUUUACUAGACAGAACAUUUAAGAAGUCUCUGAGCGCACUCUUUAAAAAAUCUCCUGAAUCCUAUAGCCCCAAAGCCUCUCCCAAACACACUGCCGAUCUAUUUACUGAAAAUUCCACAGAAAUGGAAAAAUGAACGUACAAACCUCCAUGUACAAUUAAAGGGCUAAGAUUUUACAGUACACACCUAGCAGAAAGUUGAGAAAUGUGAAAGAUAAGCUUAGAAAAACAACAACACACAACCAUAAACUCAUAAUUCACAUUUUGCAUCUUACAGAACCGUAGGCUAGUUUCAUGGUGAUGCUCAGAGGCACUUCUACAUAGUGUUUUAUGGUAUGAUCUCCCCCCAAAUGCAAAAAAAUUAUAAAGGAAAUAAAGUUCAUUCAUGUUAAAUUUAUUGCAAAGACUUCUACUAAAAGCAACUUAGGCUCAGGUGUGUAACUCCAACACUGAAAUCUUGCAAAAUGAAGAUGCUUUCACUAUGUUUCCUUAUCACAGUUUGGAAUAGAACUCUCAGCUAAUGUUCCAUGUGAAAAUGGAAAAACAAAGUGCAAUCCGGCUCAUGAUCUUUAUAGAUGUUAAUAGGAAAAUAUGAAGACAUUGUCAAUUGUGCUUAUUUCCAUUAAAGGCAAUGUAUGGAGUGACAAAUCCAUAUAUUUUCACAACUACAAUGUUCUCCCUGGCCUAAAUCAAACUGAUUUAAAUUGCCAAGGUAUGUAGUACUAAAUAUAAUAAGAACCCAAAAUUUGCUUACUCACAAAACAGAUAUAUUCAAACAUAGGCCUUCAUCUACAGCAUUCCUUAGUUGGACAUAACUUUUUUCUUUUAACAUCCAUGGUUUAAUACAAAUAAUGAGAUUUGGGGCAAAUUUAGCAGUGGCUUUAUUUAAGGUCAACAACUUGCCCCUUCUCACUUAUGAAAUCUGGAAACGUGCCUUCAAUGGCCAUUUUAAUUAGGUAUGAGUAAUAACACGCUAAAUGAUAUGAGUAAAUUUUAGAUGAUCCGAUUGGCAUUUAGACAUAGAGUGAAAAACUGCAUCUGACAACUUUUAGAAAAAUAGGUUGUGGGGACUUAAGUAGUUAGUCCUUUCUUCAGUGACUAAAAUGGACUUGUAAGUUUACAAAGCACUUUUUAUCAUUUGAACUGUAUAUUUGUAUGUUUGCUGGAAUUAGCAAGGCAGAGUAGGUUUAAUAUACAGAAUCCAAGGGCCUGAAUGAUAACUGUCCCUAAUAUCUGAUUUGAUGCCCAUGUUUCCUUUUUCCAGUAGAUCAUUUUUCAGCUCACUGCUCAGGAAUGAGAAGAGGAUGCUUUGGAGAAAAUGCCAGGAAAUGGAAAUGUUUGCAGUGGUUAUUCAAUUGUAUAUUAAAGGUUUUCUUUUUUCUAAA